GGCUGUGGUGGGUUUUUUUUUUCUGAGUAUUCACUGCUACACUUUUUAAACCUGCAAUGCAACAGGAAGCCUUUUUUUGGUUGUUUUUAAGCAUCUGUGUGGUUUGACACAUUGCACUUUGCAGAGUUGCAACGCUGGCAACAGAAUAUCAGCAUGAUCUUGGUUUUAAUCAGAUGACUGACACAUUGUCAUUUUGAAUAGGGGUGUGUAGACUUUAAAUAUCAACUGUAUAUCCCGCUUAAAAUGAUUUGCUUCUUUUGACCUAAAAUGAAAAAUACCGUUUUUUCCAUGUAUAAUGCGCACAAUUUAACUAAUUUAUUGUCCUAAAAUCUGGGGUGCGCAUUAUAUACAUGGGUACAAUUUAAAAAAAAAAAAAAAAAGCUUUUUAAUUUUUUUUUUUUUUUUUUUGUAAGAAAAUCAUGGUACAACAAUUUUUGAAGAAAAUCUUGUCACGGAUGGAGUGUGGAAAGGAGCAGGGCGACCAAGUGCAGCUUGGACCAGGGUUCAUUGGAGGAACUCAAAACACAGACUUGGUAAACUAACAUAACUCUCUAACAAAACCAACAACAGGACUGACCGACAAAGACGUGGAACAAAAAGACAUGCUGACAUUACCAAAGACAGGAACAGAAACCUGUGUUAUUGUCAAAUAUUGUUUGUUUUCUAAUUCCCAUCGCGGACUGGACGUCAUACGGAGGCAGUAUCACUGCGCAUGCGCACUAUGGAUCCGAUGCGAAUACCGUUUUUUUCCAUGUAUAAUGUGCAAAAUGUAACUAAUUUAUUGUCCUAAAAUCUGGGGUGCGCAUUAUACAUGGGUACAAUUUUUUUAUUGUUUUUAUUUUUUUUUGUAACAAAAUCAUGGUAAAACAAUUUUUGAAGAAAAUCUUGUCACAGAUGGAGUGUGGAAAGGAGCAGGGCGACCAAGUGCAGCUUGGACCAGGGUUCAUUGGAGGAACUCAAAACACAGACUUGAUUUCAGACCCAGCCAAGGAGGAGGACUUGAGCCCGGAGGAGCGGCGGAUUUUGGAGAGGAAGAUGAAAAAGAUCAUGAAGAAGAAGUUGAAAGCAGAGGGGAUCAUCCCAGUUAAAAGCGAAGAGUCAGGGCCCACCGCGUCCCAGCAGGCUUUGGAUUACCUCACCAGCUGGGCUCACAAUCGUGAAGCUUGGAGGUUUCAGAAGAAACGCCAGACGUGGUUACUGCAAAACAUGUUUGAUUCUGAACAGAUUGAAGAUGAGAAGUUCUCAUUGCUGCUGCAGUACAUGGAGGGGCUCCGCGGGGGGUCGAGAGACACCACCGUUCAGAAGGCCCUGGUCCUGGUCCAGGAAUCGGGGGAGGCGCCCGAGGAUGCAAAUGUCCAGAAGAGGGCGCACAGAGCCAGAGACGUUAUCCAGAUGCUUUCCUGAGCGUUCCAGGCUUGAACAUCAGACAGCAUCGUUGGUUACCUUGUUCGUACUCGUUAAUCCACGUUAUCCAUGGGAACAAAAAUAAUUGUUCUCCUUUGUGGCAAAACACGUGUUUUGUUUCAAAAUUUUAUUUACAAAAAUCAAUUUGACAAAUAUUAAAUAUUUGUUAUUCCAAGCAUA